AUGAAGCUAAACCCGAAAAAAUGUUCCUUUGGAGUCUCCUCGAGAAAGUUUUUGGGAUUCAUAGUUAACGCGAGGGGUAUUGAGGCAAAUCCUGAAAAAAUCAAGGCAUUAAUAGACAUGCCGUCCCCGACAAAGCCUAAGGAAGUACAGGCCCUGACAAGUAGAAUGGCGGCACUUCACAGAUUCAUUUCAAAGUCAAUUGAUAAGUGUGUGCCAUUCUUCAACACAUUGCGAGGCAACAAAAAGUUCGAGUGGACAAAAGAGUGCGAAGAGGCCUUUCAGAGCAUAAAAAGGCAUCUCGCAACGCCUCCAGUUUUGGUGAAACCAAUUAGUGCAGCUAUAGUAUUGAUAAAAUGGUCGAUUGAGCUGGGGCGAUUCGACAUAACAUACAAUCCUCGAACAUCCAUCAAGGGCCAAGCUUUAGCUGACUUCUUCAUAGAAGGUAUAACUCUAGAAGAAAUCCCACCUGAUCAGGGAGACACGGAAACCUGGAAGUUAUUUGUGGAUGGUGCAUCCAACGAACAGGGUUCGGGUGCAGGGGUAAUAUUAAUACUGCCGGAAGGCUUUAAGUUUCACUAUGCUCUGAGGUUCCAAUUUGACGCAUCUAAUAACGAGGCUGAAUAUGAAGCCUUGAUUGCCGGCUUAAAGAUAGCAGAUGCCUUGAAAGUCAAAAAUCUCAUUUGUCAUAGUGAUUUACAGCUGAUUAUGAACCAGGUCCUUGGGGAAUACCAGGCCAAAGGCUUAAAAAUGGCAAAGUAUUUAGAGAAAGUUUGGAAGAACUUGGAAAGAUUCGAUUACUUUAAAAUCGAACAAAUUUCGAGAGAACGAAACUCUAACACCAAUGCAUUAGCAAAGCUGGCCUCGCAGAAUGACUUGGAUGAACUAAAUUUGGUUCCGGUAGAGACGCUGAGCGAGCCAAGUAUAUGUGAAACUGAAGACGUCGAGAUGAUAGAUAGGUCUCCAACAUGGAUGACGCCUAUUACCAAUUAUUUACUCGACGAGCAACUUCUAAAUGGAAAAAACAAGGUGCAAAAGCUAUUGUAUUUAGUGCCUCGCUACACAAUGAUCGAAGGUAAACUGUAUAGAAGAGGGUAUUCAAUGCCCUUACUUUGGUGUGUUCUACCCACAGAAGCAAACGAAAUCAUUAGAGAAAUUCAUGAAGGCUUCUGUGGGGAUCAUGCCAGUUGGCAAAGUCUGUGUAAAAAGAUCAUUAGACAAGGAUAUUACUAG